ACGUUCUAUCUGACCCGGAAGUUAAUUGCCGAAGUCCAUAGCGUGCGACGGGAGUCUGCCCUCGUCCUGAUAAUGUUGGCUUGUGUUUGUCCGGGUUUAGCCCUGUAACUGUAGUUGUAUUUAUGACAGACUUUAACUUAAAGUAUUAACAGAAACCUGAGGUGGUGGAGACAUGGUGGGCUAUGACCCCGGGGCACGGGGUGCAGCCCUCUCCGCAGAGGCGGCAGCUCUGGCUGGGUCAGCCGCCGGAAUGGUCACCCGGGCCCUCGUCAGCCCGUUUGAUGUCCUCAAAAUCAGAUUUCAGCUGCAGAUUGAACGAGUGUCUUAUCAGAAGCCGGAGGGGAAGUACUGGGGCUUAUUUCAGGCAACUCGCUGCAUUCAUUCAGAGGAGGGGCUCUCUGCUUUCUGGAAGGGUCACAUCCCCGCACAGCUCCUCUCCAUCUGCUUCGGGGCUGUCCAGUUUGCCAGUUUUGAGUUUCUGACUGAGGUGGUCCACAAAUCUACGCCGUACGACAGCCAGACGGCAGGAGUUCACUUUGUGUGUGGUGGCCUGGCUGCCUGCUGCGCCACAGUCGUCUGCCAGCCUCUGGACACACUGCGGACACGCUUUGCAGCUCAGGGAGAACCCAAGGUGUACAGGAACUUGCGACAUGCCGUGUCUGUAAUGUGCCGCUCAGAGGGAGCACUGACUUUUUACCGCGGCCUGUCUCCAACGCUCAUGGCCGUGUUUCCCUACGCAGGGCUGCAGUUCUUCUUCUACAAUGUUUUUAAAAAGCUGCUGCCUCCACCGCCCAAAUCUGGAAGCUCAGGAGGAAACCUGAGAAGCCUGGUCUGUGGCAGCGGAGCCGGAAUGAUCAGCAAAACAAUCACGUACCCGUUUGACCUCUUCAAGAAGAGGCUGCAGGUGGGCGGCUUUGAGGAAGCUAGAGCUCACUUUGGACAGGUGCGGAGUUACAGAGGCCUGGUGGACUGCAUGGCUCAGAUUGCCAAAGAGGAGGGAGUCCGAGGCUUCUUCAAAGGCCUCUCGCCCAGCCUUCUGAAGGCUGCGCUGUCGACAGGCUUCACUUUCUUCUGGUAUGAAUUUUUCCUCAAUGCCAUGCAGAACCUCAAGGAGAGACAGAGAACAAAAGACCUCGCCAAAAACAUAGGGGAAAGAUAAUCAAGGAAAAAACGCACAUCAGAAAUACACUCAUGCCUUGUUCUUUGCACUUAAGAAAUGUAUCAGCUGGGUGGAUGUUUGGUGGUGGUUUUAUUGUGUUUACAGAGAAAAACAGGAAAACAUAACCUCAUUUUACUUGUUAUUGUGCUGUCAUUACAUCCUGUGUUGUACAAGCAUUGUUUAUUUUUAAAAGUAUAUUUAAUAUCUUGUCCUGAGUUUUUAAGGUUUAUGGACGCUUGCUCUUAAAAGAUACAGUAAAUGUCUUUCUAUCAGUUUUUGUUCAAGCUGAACUUGCACAUUUUAAGCUCUGUCCUCUAUUAACAUGUCGUAACUUUGCUCAUCAUCGACUCACAUUUUCUUGACGUUCAGUCAUUAAACUGGGAGAAGAGUGCUCAGCGAAAUAUCUUUGUUGUGGGGUGAUAUGGAACAUUUAAUAUUCACUGUGUUAUGUGCUGUGGUGGACAAAAGAGUGUUCUCUUGAUCAUAGGCCAAAUGCACUGCUAGAGUUAAACUCAAAAAAGUGAUUGUGUUUGUGCUGAUGUGUCUGUCCAAUACUGUAACUUUCAGGUCAUUAUUUUUAAAUAAAAAUUUCAAGUUUUUAUA